CCAGACUCGCUUCUCCUUUCUUUGCAGCCUGCACUGCCACUUUUGAUGCUGUUGUUUGUCUCGAAUCGGGAGCAUCAUCUCCCCAGAUCAGGUCUCACGUACUUUUGUACAGCUACUCCUAUCCGGAGAACUUCCUGCACGCCAACUACACCCCUCCUCCCUCCUUACCUAAGCUCCUCCCCUCCCUCCCAUUUCCGUCCACCAUGACGGACCGACCGAUGGAUACGGUUGCAGACAGCAAUUCCAGUGGAUCAAACGUUGCAUCUCCCCGUUCUAGCACGGAUUCCCGCACUCCAUCCGCCAGCGUUCGGUCACUCCGCCUCUCCUCGCACGCUCCGAAUCAUCAGCACCGUCAGAGCAUCAGCGAUACUCUCCGUGCGACACCAGGGUCGCCGCGGGCACGCCGACAACCCUCCUUGACCCAGGCCGCCAUUCAGAGUCUCAUCGACAAUCCGCCGGCCCCGAACAAUGCCAACCCCGCGUUUGUUGGCCGAGACUGGCGGGAGAUCUCCAUCGGGGAGCUGGUCAGUCCAGACGACCUGAAGUUCGUCGACAUAGACACGGGAAUUGAAGAAGCGACGAAUAUCUUGAUCGACACCGGGGCGCCGGUGCUGCUGAUCCGGGAAUCGCCCCAGCAUAAGUCGGCCGUGGGCACCUUCGACUACGCCGAUCUGAACGCAUAUCUCCUGCUAGCGGCGGGACUAACACAGCCGAAUGAGGAGCUCCUUGCGUCGUACGAAGAACUUGCACGCAAAGCGAAAGAAGGCAUUCCGAUUCCGCUGCGAGAUGUCAAGGAUCUCGGUCGCAAAGAACCGCUGACGACGUUGCCAGCAUCGGCCAGUGUCAUGACCGCUGUACAGACGUUUGGCGGCGGGGUGCAUCGCGUGGUAGUAGUCAGCGAGCGGGACGACAAUGAGGUUGUGGGCAUUUUCAGUCAAUUCCGACUGGUCAAGUUCCUGUGGGAGAAUGGCCGCAGCUUUCCGGUGAUCGACCAGCUGUAUCCGCAGUCGCUGCAUGACCUGCGGAUCGGGUCGCGAGAUGUGAUUUCAAUCAAUGGUGACCGGCCGCUCGUUGAGGCGCUGCAGAUCAUGAAUGAAGAGGGCAUCACGUCUAUUGCAGUGGUGGACAACCAUUCCAACGUCGUGGGCAACAUCUCCACGACAGAUGUCAAGCUCCUCACGCGCUCAUCAUCGCUCCCACUACUCCGCAAUACAUGCACGCAUUUCAUUUCCGUGAUUCUGUCGAACCGCGGCUUAGAAGAGGGCAAAGACUCGUUCCCGGUUUUCCAUGUGAACCCAGGGUCGACACUAGCGCACACCGUCGCCAAGGUGGUCGCCACCCGGUCCCAUCGCCUCUGGGUGACCGAUCCGCUAUCGCCAUCCUCAUCAGGACCUCCUACACCAUCGCACUCAUCUGUGCAUAUCCCACUGGUCACCAACUCGAGUCCACCCCCUUCACCAGCCGUCAACAACGGCAAUGCGGCACCAGCGGCAUACCUCAGCGCGCCGUCGAUCCCGGCCUCGGCGCUACCCGGGGCACGGCUUUCGGGGCGGCUAGUCGGGGUUGUGAGUCUAACGGACAUCCUGAACCUGCACGCGCGGGCGAGCGGACUCAGUCCGGCGGACCCAGCCGAGAGCCGUAGCCGACGACGACGCAGCAGCAGUUCGAGCGUGGGGGUGCGACGUAGCGGCGAGAUAGGUCGGGAAUUGUUCAGCGGGCGAAUCGUAUAGCCCGUUCUUCUUACUCCCUUAAUUUUUUUUCUUUACCUCUUUUUUUCCCUUUCUAGUAUUUACCAUGUCCAAUUCUGUACCUAGAUCGACAACAAGUACAUAUCAAUCCAAUCCAUAGGAUCAAAUCCCAUACCUGAUUCAAUCCA